AUGGCUGUUAAGCUUGAAUCACGCCGUCGUUGGUUGAAAUUUAGAAAUUUCCUCGAUUCUAACCAUGGAAUAAAAGUGAAUUUCAGUGGAAUUCACGUGAAUUAUUAUUCUGCAUGGCUUUAUGCUACGAAAGACGACAAGGAUUAUAUACAGUCUUCGAAUCACCCUGAUCUCACGAAUGGCGAUUUCCCAGUCACAAAUAAUGCUAGUUUGUGUUUACAAAGUAACGCCGCAGACAGUGAACAUACUCCUGAUUCCCAAGCCGCGGAUGGCCACAAGCGAAAACGCAAGAGAAUGAGCAUUUUUGACGUGUCUCAGCUCGCAGUUUCGAAAAAAAUACAAACCCGACUAGAACUUCUUGCUUUGGCAAAUGAGCAGAAGAGAGAAGGGAAAAGUGAUUUGGCCCAGUUCAUUGCCAAUCGAGGAUCGAAAGCAGUCGAGGAAGCUUUGACCGUUGGCUGGGAGUUGGAAGAGGUGGAGAAAAAGUUGGAAAGGUCGAAACUUACCAGACUCGAGGUUCUGGAAAAAAAGUUGGAAGAGCCAUGCGUGGAAGGAUGCCUAGGGAAAUGGUUAGUUAUGGCCAUUGACAUCCUAACCAGAAACGGUAUCGACGUUAUGGUAUUUGCGGGGGCGUUACGCGUAUUGUUGGAGAAAGGUCGUGGAAAAUACCGCAACAUUUAUCUCAAGGGCCCAGCAAAUUGCGGUAAGACAUUUCUGUUAAACCCACUCAACCAAAUUUACAGCACCUUCAGCAAUCCUGCUACCACGACUUUUGCCUGGGUAGGAGCCGAAGAUGCAGACGUCAUUUUCCUCAACGAUUUCAGGUGGUCUAAGCAGAUUAUACCAUGGCAUGAUCUUUUACUCAUGUUGGAAGGUCAGUUAGUGCAUUUACCCGCGCCCAAAAGUCAUUACAGCAAAGACGCUACUCUCUCUAGUGAUGUACAUUGUACGGCAAAAGAAGAAAUCAGCUUCGUUAAGGGAGGUGUGCUGGAUGCUACGGAAACAGAAAUGA